AUGGGGCUCUUUCUGCCGUUGCUGUUUGCCGGCGCCCUUUGUACAGCUACGAACUGUAAUCUUCGCUUGGAGCUAAGGACUGCUGCAGAUAUUGAACUGAUUCGCGAGUGUCCUCGAGGGUUCUUUGUGCUGUUGAAUGAUAUCGAUAUACAGGGACCAUUAACCCCUUUACCGCCUUUCUACGGGAUCAUAAUAGGCCAGUCACACAAGAUAUCCGUUAAAGGGUUCCAGAAUCUGGGAACAAAUGUGGGUCUCUUCACUGAGGUGCAUGGAACACUUAGGAACGUGGUCUUUGACAUUACUCUAGACGAAGGCACAAAGGAUCUGCUAAAUGUAGGACUCCUAGCAGGGAUACUCAACUCGACAAGUCUGUACAAAGUGACUAUCAACGGAAGUUUACUACUAACCAAGCCAAUGAAUAGCGACUCUGAAGCUCUUGCCGUCGGGGGACUGGCAGGCAGGUCGUACAUUACGCCAUCGAACGUUGCCGUCAAUGCGACAAUCAGGUACAGCGGGCUCCGCAAAGCUAUCCUGGGAGGAGUUAUAGGCAACAUCGCAAAACCAGGACUAAACGUUGAUGCGUCUAUCAUCAGUGGGCUAUCAUUCAAUGGAUCUAUAGAGUGCAGGAAUAGUAUUUGUAUCCUGGGUGGAGUCGCAGGAGAGUGUGGGAGAAGCCUUCUCAAUUGCAGUGCAAACUUCAGCAGGGUCUACGUACGGAGCGAGUGGCUGUCCCCAUGCGUUUAUGGAGGCCUCGUUGGCAUACACUACGCGUCAGUGGGGUCUUCCACCGUUACUGCCAAUAUUGUAGAGCUAACCAAUCUUGGUACAUAUUCAUACAUAGGCGGAUUUCUGGGAAACUUACAAUCCGAUUGCAUUCAUUGUGUUGUCAUCGACAAGUGUGUAGCAAACUAUUAUAGCUUCUCUGUGGGCACAGACAUUAUGUACAUCGGUGGCUUUGCUGCUAAUCUAGCCGGAGUCUUAGUGAGACACUCAGUGGUUAAUAUCACAACCGGAUUGUUUUCUGGCAUAGUGGGCGGAUUUGUUUCUACGGCCAGUGUCACUACUGUGGAGCAAUGUGCUGUCGUCAUGGAAAACUUAACUCAAAGCUAUAUAGAAAGCUCCGGCUCUGGCGGUUUCGUUGCUAUUGCUAACUCAGAUACUAGCAUAGCAGACUCAUAUGUGCGUAUUAACUAUUACACGUUCAAUACACCGCUUUAUCUCUUUGGCGGUUUUGUGGGGACUAGCGUGGAUAGCAUAAUAGCCAACUGCUUUGCAUGGUUUAAGAUAGUUACAAUGCAAGUGUCGCCUACGAGCUCCAUAACUAUCGGGGGCUUUUGUGGGCAGCUGUACUCACGGACUAACAACUCACUGAUUGACAACUCGUUCGUGUUUGUGCGCUCCUUCCUCUACAACUUUAGAACGAGCCACAACUUAACGUUUGGUAGCUUUCUUGGUGCAGUCAAUGGUCCUUCAGGAGCAGUAACUGGUAACGUACAUUACUUGAAGAGCCUCUGGUGGUUCAUGAACGUGUCUAUUGCGUGCUCAACCUGGAAUGACACAGCCGCGAUACGCUACGGAGGCUUUGCGGCCGCCAUAACCGAUAAUGUUCUGAUCUCAGACUGCGCAGGCACCGUUAACUUUACAGGGUCGUGCUCAGGCUUUAAAGCCGACUAUGGACUGGCAUCUUUUGUCUACUUUGGACACAUGAAUGGCCUGUCUGCAGCGAGAGUUCUGUUGAAUGUCACAUUUACCUACACAGAACCGGGAUACAAACCGUACAGUAUCAAAGCCUUCGGCCCAGGGCUGAAUGCAAGCCAUUGCACCAAAUGUGAAAAUAUUCUGGUCGCCGCAAACCCGGGUAUCGAUGAAACAGAUUUAUUUAGCAUUGUCCCGGAGUUCUUGACGCUGUCCACGACAUACCUAGCGCGUGGAUGGUGGUUAAAUGAAAACAGCGGGUGGAACUUUUUCAAUACAGCGCUUCCCAUACUCACCACACUUCCAUAUGCAGUUGUAAUUACCGACAAGGUCAUUGAUCUCAUAGCGGUGUCUUGCUCAGCUCCCCUGUGCUGGGACUAUAACACCACAUGGGUUGUUGGCAGGAACACAGGAAUGAUUGACCUGCAGUUCUUCAUAAAUGAAUGUAGUGUAGGUCUAUGCGCCUCCUGUCUUGAGGCAUCUGACAAACGUUGCAUUGCGUGCAGUUCUGGAGCCCUGGACAACUCCUACUCUGUGUGCACCCCCUGUAAGUCAGGAUGUAUGGCGUGUCCCACGCUCAGUAGCAUUUGUGAAGUGUGCUCGGAUGCCUCUUACGUCACAACCACCAGUGGCGUCUGCAUUAAGUUUCGAGCAUGUUCUAUUGAACAGUGUACGCAUUGCUACGAAGGUGCCAACAAAAAGCUUCUCUGCCUCCGUUGCACGAAUGGAUACUGGCUCAACAAGGCUUUCAACAGAUGCGACGCGUGCCCAUCAAAUUGCUUUGAGUGCAGCUCUUCAACACAAUGCCUACGAUGUAAAAAUAUAAGAAGCCCGCCUCUUUCUGGAUAUUGCGACUAUAGUACUCUCUGCAUCGACAAUACAAACUGCCAAUUCUGCCAAGCGUCAGACCCCUUCUACUGUGUCAGUUGUAACAAGUGGAACAUGCGCCCAAAUAGUGAUGGAGUAUGUGUGGUAUCCAAUCAGACAUACUGUACACUCUCUAACUGCGUGGUCUGUGAAGCAGGAAAUUCAAAUCGUUGUUCUGUGUGCGGACUUAACACAUAUCUUUCCUUCUUUGAGGGAACAUGCCAACAAUGCCCUAGCGAAUGCAAGACCUGCACCCCAGUGCUGUGCACAAGUUGUAUCGACACCCAAAAACGACCGGUUAUGGGAACAUGCAUGUAUUCUACAAAGUGUACCACGCCGUACUGUCUAUACUGUUCUACAAAUAAUCCAGAUCAGUGCCUCUUAUGCUAUAAAGGAUAUUCCCUGAUGGUUCCAGGAAACAUAUGCACCAAGAACGAGGUGAGACUCAACACAACGCCAAUAGCCAUCGGGGUAUCAGCUGGCCUAGUUGCACUGAUAGUUUCCAUGACUAUCAUUGCCAUAGUCUGUGUCAAGAAACGCCGCUCUGCUCAGAAGUCCGAAGAGGACGACACUUCAUUAGUGACCCAGGAGGACACUGAUACGUCUCUCUCGUUCAUAAACGUGUUGAACAAUGCUAGCCAUACCUUUACAUUCGCCUCUACAAAGCAGUCUUCUAAAGAAUAA